UCGGCGCUUUUACAUUCUCUUCUCUCUCUCUCUCUCUCUCUCUAUGUUUCUAUGUAUGUAUAAAUUUAUUAGGCUAUUAGCGAACUAUGAAUUAUUGAUUUCCAUUUUCUUUUAGUUGAUGCAUACGAGCUUUUCUUCCAAACGUUUGAGUCCAUUUUCGUUGACUUUUUUUCCCGGUGUUUGGUUGCUGAGAAAACGGAGGAAGAGAAUCAGAUUCACCCGUCCGUCUGUUUUGAUCACAAAACCUCUGGAUGAGAGAAGGGGUUGGGGGGGGGGGGAACCUCUUAACUCAGCCAAAUCACUGGCGGGCGUGGAACUUAGUUGAUUGAAUUUUCCACCUCCAGAUUCCGAACUUCAUUCGAUGAGAUGAAAUUGGUCUGACGCAAAUAUUCUUUUGAUCAAUAGCACUCUUGUCAUCACUGAUUGAUACGUAUCCAUCCGUAUGCGUAACCGCGGGCGUCUGAUUUUUUAAUUUUGUUGUUUUCUUCAUAUACUUUGAAGAUAGUUCUGCAUUUAACUUUCUUUGGCCCCCUUCUAGUUUGCUGAUCAAAAUUUCAAACUCUAUAUGCACAUAUACAUAAUAUACAUACCCCUAAUUCAGUAUAGUGUUGCCGCUACCAUCUGCUUUUCCACAAGAUGUCUAUGGUUUUCUAACUUUUCUGCACUUUAUCAGUAUCUGUUAAUUGUGACCUAUACUAUGGCCUCUAUUCGUUAACAAAUGAUCAAUUUUCAUCUCUUCCCCCUUUUAUUCUGUUAGAUGACAUAUUUUGAGCUUAAUUCUUAAUUUUAGAUUUUCCUUGUAAUAAAAUUUCUAAAUGUUGUUUGUAUUAUUGAGCAACAGGUGUUUAGAUUGAAAUUUUGGCAGCAAUAUAUUAGCAAGUAUGAGAUUCAAGAAAGAAACCAAGGUAGAAGUAUUAUGCAAAACAGUGGUGCCUUCUGGCUCCUGGCGAUGUGCAGAGAUUAUCUGUGGCAAAGGUCACCAUUACUCCAUUAGAUAUGAUGGCAAUGAUGAUGGUACUACUGGUGAGGCAAUUGUAGAGAGGGUGCCAAGGAAAGCCAUAAGACCAUGUCCUCCUGUGCUUGAACUCACUGAGGAUUGGAGGCCAGGUGAUGUGGUAGAGGUUUAUCAAAAAUUUUCCUGGUCAAUGGCCGUCGUUUUGAAGGUUUUUGGGGAAAAGCACGUUUUGGUCAGGCUGCUUGGAUCUUAUUUCCAAUUUAAGGUGAACAAAACUGACAUCCGGAUCAGACAGUGUUGGCAAGAUGAAGAAUGGAUUUUGGUUGGAAAGGGUAGUUCCACAUGCGAGAAUGCAAAAUGUUACAACACAUUUGCUCUGAGGCUUAGUUCAAUGUUCAGUGCCCAAGCUCAGAAAACAACCACAAAGACCAAACAAUCUUUUGACCAUUGCUAUCUUAAUGACAAGAAAACAUUGAAGCGAAGGAGCCAUCCAUAUGUUGGGUUAUAUGCAGAACCUCCCCAGAAGCUUAGGGCAACUGAUAAUGAAAACAGAUGUCAAAGAGCGAGAGCUGCAAAUCCACCGACACUGUGCAAGCAAGUAGAUGGCAUUGUUUUCCCGAGGGACAUUCCAGAUAACAUUGAAACAAUUGAUGAUAGUGUCUCAAGUUGUGUUGGUAGCUGUAGUGUUAUUGGAGGCAACUGGAAUAAAUUGCGUUAUCCUGUAUACGCAAUAGCUGCUGAAGAUUUAGAAGGUGCAACUAGUGAUGCUGAAUCCGCCUGCCAUUGUAGAUAUGAGGAAGGGAAUUGCUUUCUUUCUUCAGAAGAAGAAAUGCAAGCGGAAAUCCAUAGGUUAGAGUUGCAUGCCUAUCAUUGUAUAAUUGAGGCACUGCAUGCUUCAGGACCCUUAAGUUGGGAACAAGAAGCUUUAAUUACAAAUCUUCGUCUUUCCCUCCAUAUAUCAAAUGAUGAACAUUCAAAGGAGAUAAAGAACUUGAUUUCUUCUGAAAAUAGUAUUCAUGUCAGAUGACUGGGA